GCUCUGCCGCUCUCCACUCCUAGGUUUUGACAGUGCCUCUGGGCCUGUAAGCAACUGUUUUUGUUUUUUGUUUUUUUCCUUUCAAGAUGCCAUUUACAGAUUUUGUUCUGGCCCUAAAAGACAAUCCCUACUUUGGGGCUGGAUUUGGACUGGUAGGUGUGGGCACCGUUCUGGCUGUGGCCCGGAAAGGAGCCCAACUGGGUCUAGUGGCAUUCCGGCGCCAUUAUAUGAUCACACUGGAAGUCCCUGCUAGAGACAGAAGCUAUGCCUGGUUGCUUAGCUGGCUCACCCGACACAGUACCCGCACUCAGCACCUUAGUGUUGAGACCUCAUACCUUCAGCAUGAGAGUGGCCGAAUCUCCACCAAGUUCGAAUUUAUCCCCAGCCCUGGAAACCACUUCAUUUGGUAUCAGGGCAAAUGGAUCCGGGUCCAACGAAAUCGAGACAUGCAGAUGGUAGAUUUGCAAACAGGAACUCCCUGGGAAUCUGUCACCUUUACAGCCCUGGGCACUGACCGGAAGGUUUUCUUCAAUAUCCUGGAAGAAGCUCGAGCACUAGCCCUACAGCAGGAGGAGGGGAAGACAGUGAUGUACACAGCUGUGGGUUCUGAAUGGCGUACCUUUGGUUAUCCACGCCGCCGCAGGCCACUGGAUUCUGUAGUCCUACAGCAGGGUCUGGCUGACCGAAUUGUCAAAGAUAUCCGGGAAUUCAUUGAUAACCCCAAGUGGUACAUUGACAGAGGCAUUCCCUACAGACGUGGCUACCUUCUUUAUGGGCCCCCUGGUUGUGGAAAGAGCAGUUUUAUAACAGCUGUGGCUGGAGAACUGGAGCACAGUAUCUGCCUGCUCAGCCUCACAGACUCCAGCCUCUCAGAUGACCGACUCAACCAUCUGCUCAGUGUAGCCCCGCAGCAGAGCUUGGUGCUCCUCGAGGAUGUGGAUGCUGCUUUCCUCAGUCGAGACUUGGCCGUGGAGAACCCUGUAAAGUACCAAGGUCUAGGUCGUCUCACCUUCAGCGGACUGCUCAAUGCUUUGGAUGGUGUAGCCUCCACUGAGGCACGCAUUGUGUUCAUGACCACCAAUCACAUUGACAGGCUGGAUCCUGCCCUGAUACGUCCCGGGCGAGUAGAUCUGAAGGAGUAUGUGGGCUACUGCUCACACUGGCAGCUGACCCAGAUGUUCCAGAGGUUCUAUCCAGGGCAAGCGCCUUCCUUGGCUGAGAACUUUGCAGAACAUGUCCUUAAAGCUACAUCCCAGAUUAGUCCUGCCCAGGUGCAAGGCUAUUUCAUGCUGUAUAAAAAUGACCCCAUGGGGGCUAUUGACAAUGUUGAAUCUCUGAGGUGAUCCACCAGGCCACUGUCUGCUCUCAAAAGAAUCCGUAAACACCUGUCACACUAAUCCGGUCUGUGACUUUCCCCCCUCCCUCACUGUGUUUAUACUUGAGAAUAAAACAGGAGUUGCAGUA